UGUUGAAAUUUUUAUAAAUAUAGCCACUUUUCUCAACUUAUUCGCAUCACUUCUUAUCACUCUUCUUUUCAAAAAAAAAAAUUCUUAUCACUCUUACUUGAGAGAUUAUCUUUCUGAGAUCUGGAAAAGUAAAUUACAUAAUUUUGCGAUGGUAUCAAAAAAGCAAUCUCGUAAGAUUCCUAGUCAUGUGCCGAAACGGAAUCUUGGUGUUACAAAACAAGCAACAAAUAGAGAAAAGAUUAAUGAAGGUGGAAAAUCUGGAGCCAGAUCCUUAGAGUUGCGUUUUGAUAAUGAUGAUAAGUUGCCAGAUACAACUUUUACUAAAACCAAUAUAAUUCAAAAAGAUGAACCGCUUCAAGUUGCAUUAUUUGAUGUUAGAUCUAAGUCAAUAGUCAACGAUGGUCCUUUCUCUUCAAUAAAGAUACAGAUCUGUCCUAUCAAGAGUGAGUUUAAAUCUUGUGAUGAUGAAGAUUGGACUGAAGCUGAAUUCAAGGAUAAUAUCUUGCGUGAAAGAGAGAAUAAAGAGCCAUUGUUGGUUGGAGAUAGGUUUGUUACUCUUAAAAAUGGAGUUGCUUCUAUUUAUAAAAUCAUGUUCACUGAUAAUUCUGGAUGGGUGAGAGACAAAAAGUUCAGUUUGGGAGCAAAAGCUAUGAAAAAUGGAGAGAUUAUUAAGGAAGGUAGAAGUCAGGCUUUAAUUAGGGUCAAAGAUGGCAGAGGAGAAUCUUACAAGAAACACUAUCCUCCAUACUUGAAGUUGAAGGAUGAUGUGUGGCGUUUGAAGAAAAUAGCUAAAAAUGGACCGUUCCACAAGCGACUCCGUAACAACGAAAUUCAUAAUGUUAAGGAUCUGUUGAGGUUACUCAUAACCAAUGAAUCUUCACUACGUGAGAAAUUUGAAAAAAUUCAGAACAAGUCCUGGUCUGAUAUUAUAGAACAUGCCCGGUCCUGUGUUGUAGAUGAUUACAUGCUUUACAGCUAUGAGAUGAUUGGACAACCGGUACUGCUGCUGUUCAAUGUGAUCUAUGAACUUGUUGCUGUCACAUUUGGUGAACAAAAGUUUUAUUUACCAGAUGAUCUCACACUCACACCCAUUCAGAAGAAUUUGGUAAAUAUUGUGAAGAAAGAUGCAUACAAAAACAUUGAAAAUUUAAAAGCAAUUGAUGAGGGUAUAUUGAACUCCAUAAGCUUAGAAGCAUGUAUAAAAUCAACACAAGAAGAAGAUCUGCAACAUAUUGAUAUCUCUGCAGCAAAUGUUAAUGAUGGAGUACAAAAUGUUGAAAUGAAUAUUGAUCUGGUGGAAGACAUAGGAGAAAUACCAGAAAACAAUUAUGGUCAUUUAACAGAGAAUCUCACAAAUGUUUCUCCUCUUUUUACAACUUGGGAGCUAGAUAAUGAUGUUGUAUUUUAUAAUUUUGAUGGAGAUGAGUGGAGCCCUUUAGUUGAUUUCCAGAAUCCUAAUAAGAAUAUUACAUCAAACAGUGGGAAACCAAAAGCAGUGUGGUGUAAGAUUCGUGCUGUUGUCAAAUGGAGAAUAUCAGGGAAAACAAGAGUUGCAGCAGCUAGCGUAGAGGCUAUGUAGCACCGACACGUCUGAAAAAAGACGUGUCAGUGUCCGUGUCGGUAUCAGACACUUGCACCGAUAUUUAUAAUUACUUUAAUUUAUUCAUUUUUUCAAAUUAUUACUGAUGUCGUUGUGUCAGUGUCGGGGUUAAAUUUGGGGUGUCCGUACUUCAUAGCCUGGAGGAAUGAAGAUUUGUUUUAUUUUAAUUACUAGACUCGUGUUGUUUUAUAUUAACAUUUGUCUUAUGAUAUGUUUUGAGUUAGUGUUUUCUGAAGCUUAUGUUGUUUUAUUUCAAUUACAGGAGGCUGUUCAUAGUUUAAUUAGUGCUAACAUAAUGCAUAGAAUGUUGUCUGUAAAAUAGUUUUGUACAUAUAAUUCAAUUUACAAUGUUUAUGGUUUGUAUUUCAUGUUAAAAAGUUU